UAGUGCUGAUGAUACGUUGCUGUCGCUUGAGCCGUUCUACGCACCUGAGGCAAAGACCCGCGCAGAGUACAAAGGACGCGAUGUGGUAUUAAUAGGCACGGAUGUGGGGGGGGAUAGCCAGACUGACAGCGGGUACCCUCGAACUGUCAUGGAGUGGAGACGAGGCACUCCCUUAACUGAAGCCCAGGUGACGUACACGGGUGAGAAGGCGGAUGUGGCGGUGAGUGGGGCUGUGAGUGAUCAGCGCAGUCGAGGCGGCCGAGUGUAUGAAUGGAGACACCGCUCUAUGACAUUCUACACGUCCAAGCAAUCCAUUAGGACGCUCACGCCGUCUAUGGAGAACGGUGCAUAUACACUCACUUCGGCUGGAGAUGGGAACGGGCUGGAUGGUUGGCGGGAUGUUGACAUUCCGGAGGACGCCCACUGUUCCUUAUUUGGGUCACAGCUAAUAAUAGAACACCGCUCAGAGUACCUGGGACACCCAGCGGGAUCCCUUUUGGCGGUCGAUCUGGAUAACUUUCUAGACAAAGGCGCUGAGGACUGUGCCGCUGAGGGUUUGGUGACUACACUGUUCACGCCCACAGACCACCGGUCGCUAGAGGGAAAGAGAGGCACCAAGAACUACCUACUUGUCACUAUGCUGGAAGACGUCAAGACUAAACUCGCCUUCUGGCAAUGGGACCAAGGCAAGUGGUUGUCCGUUGGAGAGGAGAGCCAGGCCCAGAUUGCGUCGUCCUCGUGCAGGCCCGUAGACUCAGAUACUGUGGACACCUUCUGGUUCACUACCAGCAGCUUCACCGCUCCGUCCACGCUAUAUCAGGCAGACAUUGCCGAAUAUGGUACCGAUUGCACUAAGCCCGAGAACAUGGAGUUCAUGAAACAACUGCCACAGAUGUUCAACGCCGACGGUCUGAGUGUGCAGCAGAUGUUCGCCACGAGCGCUGAUGGAACGAAAGUACCGUACUUUGUGGUUGGCAAAGAAGGCAUGCCGCGGGAUGGUAGUACACCCACCAUUCUGUACGGCUAUGGGGGCUUUGAGGUGUCGCUCACACCCAGCUAUGCGAGUAUCAUGGGGGCUGGCUGGUUGGAGCGUGGUGGUUGUUAUGUAACCGCUAACAUCAGAGGCGGAGGCGAAUACGGCCCGAAAUGGCACCGCAGUGCUCUGAGAGAGAAGCGACAGAACGCGUACGACGACUUCAUAGCUGUGGCAAGGGACCUGAUAGCACAGGGGAUCACGUCUCCAAAGCAUUUGGCAGCUAGAGGGGGGUCGAAUGGUGGCCUUUUAAUGGGCAACAUGCUGGUGCAACAACCCAAGGGACUGUGGGGUGCGAUACACUGUGCGGUGCCUCUGCUGGACAUGCGCAGGUAUCACACUCUUCUGGCGGGCGCUAGUUGGAUGGCUGAGUACGGUAAUCCCGACACAGCCGAUUGGGACGAAUUCCUGCACAAGUACUCUGCAUACCACGUCUUGUUGGAGAUGACUGGACAGGGCUCUGGCGAACAGGCCCAAGACUCGUUCAGCGAGAGUGUGAUCGACACUCCCAUCCUCUUCACCACAAGCACUCGAGACGAUAGGGUGCACCCCGCACACGCACGCAAGAUGGUGAAGGCCCUGGUGGAUGCGCAGAGUAAGCAGGGUUGUGUAGCAUCCCCUGUGUACUACUAUGAGAAUAUUGAGGGAGGCCAUAAGGGAGCGGCCGAUAACAAGCAACAGGCCUUUAUGCAGGCGCUUACCUACGAGUUCCUGUGGAAGACUGUGGGUCCCGAUGCUAAUGUGGACUAAUAUCGAGUGGGCUGGGGAUCUGGUGCUAAGACUGAGUUUUGAUUGAACUUGUGAGUUUGAUGUAGCAAUGGACUGAGAGAGCUCGUUGAUGUACCUUGAGAAUAAUCCAAGACGUUUGUUGGUAUUAUGACUAAGUAGCUGCCAAGAACUAGUAGUGUGCCUCUAAGCUGACUCUCGCCGUUAAAUUCAUAUAUGAAAAUGCCGUGCAUGAUAAGUUUGCGGAGUUGGUUGUGUUGGUAGAUAUAUAUAUAUAUAUAAAUAUAUACUAGUAUUGGGUUGGAUCUACGCUGGAUAUAUAGGGGGAAUUUAAUGGAACCUGCAGCGACACUUAACUUAGCAAUAAAUCAUGAGGCGACACUUUUCGCAGUGUUUGCUUUGGAGCACAAAAACAUAUGCCUUGGGUCCGAGUCCUAGCAUUGUCUCUGUAUUGAUUGCAUGUUUUCUCAUGUGAU